AUGGAUGAUCUAAAUGGUGAAUUUUGUGGAGUUAUGCGUUUUUGUUACCAAGAUGCGGGCCAGAAAGUUGCUACAAAGUGUGUCCGUGUUUGUAGCAAUGCUACAACUUUAGAUGUUAUAGAUUCUUUAAUUGAAAAGUUUAGAGCUGAUAUUAAGAUGCUGUCAGUUCCACAGUAUGGAUUAUAUGAAAUCCACGAAAAUGGUGAAGAGCCACAGCAUCAACUACAGCAUCAAGAAAAGCAUCAACCUCAGCAUUUGUCACAGCAUUUACCACAACAUCAAGAACAGCAUUUGACGCAGAAUGUCCCGAAUAAUCCAUCGCCGCAUCCACUAGAGCAUCAAGAACAUCAUCAAACACAACAUCAGCCACAACCUCAACCUCAACCACAGAAUCAUGAACAGUAUUUGCCACAGCAUCAACCACAGCAUUUACCACAUAAUCCACCACAACGUCAAACACAACAUCUACCACAGAAUCAUGAACAGCUUUUGCCACAGCUUCAAGAACAGCAUCAACCACAGCAUUUACCGCAUAAUCCACCACAGCACCAAACACAACAUCAGCCACAACAUCAGCCACAACAUCAACCACAGCAUCAACUACAGAAUCAUGAACACCACCAACCACAGCAUUUGCCACAGCAUUUACCGCAUGAUCCACCACAACAUCAGACACCGCAUCAACCACCUCAAUUACCAUCAAUUGCUUCAUUGCUGGAAGAAAUUAGUGAGGCUAUUGAAAAUGACCCAAGUGACGAUGACGAUGAAAAUUUUCCUCCUAAUAAUUUCAAAAGUUAUGGUCCAAAUGUUAUUGGCGCCAAUGAAAUUUAUAAAGAUCCGAGAGAAAGAAUUGAGGCUGAAAAAAUGAAAACUCAACCCCAAAAGACAAUUCUUGCUGGCCCUGAGAAGCUAACUUUCCAAGAAAAGUUGCAAUUAUUCACUUAAAAGAAGAAGAUUAAUUUUUAUGUUAUCAUUAACGGACAGAUUUAUUGGAACACUGGCAUGAAGUAUUUAAUAUCUUAAAUAACUAGAUUUUUAAAAAGUUUUAUAAUUGAAUGGACCAACAUAAGUCCACCGUUGAAACAUAAAUUGAGAGCAAGCAGAAACAAUCCAAAUUGCCUCCAAUUUACUUUGUAAUUCGUUUUUUGCAAGCUAAUGUAAAGUAUAAUAAUAAGACUCGAUCCUGUUACCGCUAAACUAAAAGUUAAUGCAAUAAAAAGAAUCCUAUUGUAAGAAGAAAUACAAUUAUUUAAAUAAAUACAAUGAUGGUCAUGAUUGGCAAUACAUCGAUUGCAAUAAGAG